AACACACGUGCUCAUUCAAGAAUCAACAACAGACUGCCCGUCUGCCAUAUCCAUUCCCACUCUGCUGCUACACACACUCACACUUCUGUAUCUAUACUUGCACAUUUUACACAGAGCUUGAGGCUCAUUUUCACAUAAUCAAUGGAGUCGGCGUUAUCUAUAGCUCCCGCAACGACGUUGCUAACCCUAACUAAGACGCUUCAACUGAGUCGCCGAUUCUGCGCCACUCGUCCGAUUCAAACUCACCUCAGCCGCCAAAUAUUCAGCGGCGAGCUUCACUCGCUGCAUAAAUUCACUUCGAUUACUUCUAAUACGGUCAGGACUUUGUCGACGGCGGUGAGUCGGCCGUGCGGAGCUAGGUUACAGUGUGUUUCGAGUUCUGCGGCGUCGUUUGGGGCUGGUGGCGGUGGAUUUGGGGGCGGGAGUGGUGGUGGCGGUGGCGGCGGAGGCGGUGGUGGAGAGGAGAAGGUGAAAGCGGUUGCUGACGUGGCUGACGGUUCCGAGUCGUUGAAUGAUGUUAUUAUUCUCGAUGUUGGAGGAAUGUCAUGUGGAGGAUGCGCGGCUAGUGUCAAGAGAAUUUUGGAAAGUCAGCCACAAGUGUCUUCUGCGAGUGUCAAUCUUACAACCGAGACAGCAGUUGUGUGGCCCGUCUCUGAUGCCAAAUCUAUACCAGACUGGCAAAAAACUGUAGGAACUGAACUCGCGAAGCAUUUAACUAGUUGCGGGUUUCAGUCUAACCUUCGUGAUUCAAGGGGAGAAAAUUUCUUUGAAGUGUUUGAAAGGAAGAUGGAUCAAAAACGCAAGCAGCUGAAAGAGAGUGGUCGCGGGCUUGCUAUUUCUUGGGCAUUGUGCGCUGUAUGCCUAUGUGGUCAUCUUUCUCAUUUCUUUGGGACUAAGGCUUUGUGGCUACAUGCCUUUCAUUCCACGGGAUUCCAUCUGUCUUUGUCUUUAUUUACAUUGCUGGGUCCAGGGCGCCAACUUAUUGUUGAUGGCCUAAAAAGCCUUAUCAGAGGGGCUCCCAACAUGAAUACUCUAGUUGGUCUUGGUGCUUUAUCGUCAUUUGGUGUCAGUACACUGGCUGCUUUAGUACCAAAACUGGGUUGGAAAGCGUUCUUUGAGGAGCCAAUUAUGUUAAUAGCGUUUGUUUUAUUAGGGAAGAAUCUUGAACAGAGAGCUAAAAUAAAGGCAGCAAGUGAUAUGACAGGCCUUUUAAAUAUACUGCCAGCCAAAGCUCGUCUUUUAAUUAACAGUGAUGAAGAAGAGCUGAGCUCGACAGUUGAUGUUCCCUGUAGCAGUCUCUCUGUGGGGGAUCAGAUUAUUGUACUUCCUGGUGACCGUGUUCCAGCUGAUGGAAUUGUCAGAGCUGGUAGAAGUACCAUUGAUGAGUCAAGUUUUACAGGAGAGCCACUGCCAGUUACCAAGUUACCUGGGGCAAAGGUUGCAGCAGGAACUGUAAAUCUUAAUGGAAUUCUCACAGUCGAAGUGCAAAGACCAGGUGGAGAGACCUCUAUGGGAGAUAUAGUUCGUUUGGUGGAAGAAGCACAAAGUAGAGAAGCUCCAGUACAACGCUUGGCUGACAAGGUCGCAGGGCAUUUCACUUACGGAGUUAUGGCAAUUUCUGCUGCCACAUUUAUGUUUUGGAAUCUUUUUGGUGCACAAAUCUUACCAGCCACUCUAAACCAUGGAAGCGCAGUUUCUUUGGCACUGCAGCUCUCUUGUAGUGUUUUGGUUGUUGCCUGUCCAUGUGCUCUUGGUUUAGCAACACCUACUGCUGUGCUGGUUGGAACUUCCUUGGGUGCUACGAAAGGAUUACUCUUAAGAGGCGGAAAUAUUUUAGAGAAAUUUUCAAUGGUGGAUACGAUAGUGUUUGAUAAAACUGGGACACUAACAAUAGGCAGACCAGUUGUGACUAAGGUCAUGACUCAUGCACGGGAAGAAAAUAUAGAUUCACAACUACAUUUAGAUUGUGAUUGGUCUGAACUUGAUAUUCUAAAGCUAGCUGCUGCGGUUGAAUCAAAUACCAUACAUCCAAUUGGAAAAGCAAUUGUAGCAGCUGCUCGGGCUGUGAAUGCUCCCUCUGCAAAGAUUACAGAUGGCACAUUCAUGGAGGAACCUGGAUCAGGUGCAGUGGCAACUAUUGAGACUAAGAAGGUAGCCGUUGGCUCACUAGACUGGGUUCAAAGGCAUGGAGUAAAUAAGAAUUCAUUUGAAGAACUAGACGAGUUUAAGAAUCAAUCAGUUGUUUAUGUUGGAGUAAAUGGAUCUCUUGCGGGUCUCAUCUAUGUUGAGGAUCAAAUUAGAGAAGAUGCUGCACAUGUUGUUAACGCUUUGUCGAAACAAGGGAUAGAUGUAUACCUGCUAUCUGGGGAUAAAAAGAGUUCAGCCGAAUAUGUUGCAUCUGUUGUUGGGAUUUCAAAGGAUAAGGUGUUGUAUGGCGUCAAGCCGGACGAAAAGAAAAAGUUUGUGAGUGGACUCCAAAAGGAUCAAAAAAUUGUAGCCAUGGUAGGUGAUGGUAUAAAUGAUACAGCUGCCCUAGCUUCGUCACAUGUUGGAGUUGCAAUGGGUGAAGGGGCUGGAGCUGCAAGCGAAGUUUCUUCAAUUGUGCUGAUGGGAAACAGACUGUCUCAGUUGCUUGAUGCUUUGGAGCUUAGCAGACUGACUAUGAAGACCGUGAAGCAGAACUUGUGGUGGGCAUUCGCUUACAACAUAGUUGGAAUUCCAAUUGCAGCAGGCGUGCUGCUGCCUGUCAGUGGGACCAUGCUUACUCCAUCCAUUGCAGGAGCUCUUAUGGGUUUGAGUUCAGUAGGAGUUACCACCAACUCAUUGCUCUUGAGAUUGAAAUUCAUGUCAAAACAUAGAAAACUUGGUGGAGAAAUGCCAAAGAUGACAAAAACUCUCCCGAAUUCUCAAGUACUGGAGCCAGAAGACAAAUCAAAGUACCCAUAUAACGCGACAAGCUGAAGCUUGAAACCUGGGAAUCGUAAAUGAGUCCCAGAGGUUAUAAGCUGGAAGUUGAGAUCUGUAGAAUAAAGAAAACCACCUGAAACUCGAGAUGUGAAGACUGAAGGAGCAAUUUCUGACUAACCAAAGCUGAAGCCAAGGAUCUAAUUUUCUUUCAUGACACGGGCAUUUCCAUAUAAGAAAAACAAAUUGUAGGUAGAUAUAACAUGCUUAUAACUAUUUAGCUUAUAUUUAUCCAAUAUCACAUUUACUUGCAAAUAAAUGAUGAAAUUGGUCCCAGUAAUGUUAAGAACAAAAAUGCCAUUCAUAUAGAAGAGAGAUGCAGCAUUAGAAGCAACAUUUAUGACAAUCCAUGUUUAUAAUCAACUAAUCUGACUGUACUUUGUAUU